UCAUUCGCAUUUUCUCGCCGCCUCAGGAGAAGACGGAGCUGCAGAAAAGGAUAAGUACCGCUCCGAAAACCAUCGCGCGCGCGCGCGCGCUCCCUUCACACACCUCUAUUUAGGGAACGCGCGCGAGAAGAGGAGAAAAGGGGCGGGGGGGGGAAGGAAUUGAAAAUCUGACAGAAGACAAUGAACCCCGCGCUUGAGGCAUCCGAGGGAGGACCCAGCGGCGCGUUCGAAAGCGUUCCGAGGUGGCGGCGGCGGCGGCUUGUCCCAACCCGCCACCCGUAGCCAGCAGGGCUGUUCCCGCCAAAAAUUCUGAGGAGAGAGAGGGUCCCCCCCCCGCGGCCUCGCGCCUGAGGAGAAAGGGGCGGGGCUGAUCCCCAACCCUCGAGGCCUUGCUGCGCUGAGGCGAAUCUGUGGGCGGAGCUAGGGCGGCCUCCCGCCCCUUAGAAGGCUGGAGGAGACGCCACUGCAGCCCCUAAAGGGGAGGAGCCUGAGCGUUGGGACCACCAAUCCCCGAGGGAAGGAGGGGCCAGGGCUCUAGCUCCACCAAAGAGGGAGGAGCCAUUAGGGACAUUGUGGGGGCCAUUUCCCCUAGAAGUCUUUGGAGCUGCCCCUUAAAAGGGAGAAGCCCUUUCAUUGGACCACCCCCUGAAAGAGGGAGGUGUUUGCCAAGAGGGCGGUGCUGAGGAAGCUGCCACAGGGGAAGUGGUGUUUGCCCCACCCCUUAACUGCCGCAACGGUUCUUCCUGCCGCCAUGAAGCUUCUCCGCCUGCUGUGCCGCCACAAGACGGCUCUGGGCCUCGGUGGCCUAUCUCUCUUUGGCGUGGUGCUCCUCUACUUGGCCAAGUGCACCUCAGAAGGCCUCAAGCCCUCCCACGGCUGGGGGCUGCCUCAGCAACAGUCUCCCGCCCGGACCGGGGGUGUGAGUGGGCCUCAUCCUCCAGCUGCUGCCCCACCUCCUCCUCCCGAGGAGAGCACAUUCCUGGCUGUGUUGGUGGCCAGCGGCCCCAAAUAUACAGAGCGACGUAGCAUCAUCCGCAGCACGUGGCUCUCAGUGGCCGGCCGGGUGCCCAACGGAGACGUCUGGUUCCGUUUUGUGGUGGGCACCGCAGGACUGACCGGGGAGGAGCUCCACACCUUGGAGAUGGAGCAGAGCCGCCAUCAGGAUCUUCUGCUCCUUCCUGACCUCCGAGACUCCUAUGAGAACCUGACCGCCAAGGUCCUGGCUAUGUUUGUGUGGCUCGACCAGCACCUGGACUUCCGCUUUGUCCUCAAAGCUGAUGACGACACAUUUGUGCGCUUGGAUGUCCUUCUGGAGGAGCUGAGGGCCAAGGAGCCACGCCGCCUCUACUGGGGCUUCUUCUCUGGGCGUGGCCGUGUGAAAUCUGGCGGGAAAUGGAAAGAGAAUGCCUGGCUCCUUUGUGACUACUACCUGCCCUAUGCUCUGGGCGGUGGCUACGUAAUUUCGGCUGACCUGGUGCACUACUUGCGCCUCACGCAAGACUAUCUCAACAUAUGGCAAGCUGAAGACGUAUCCCUGGGUGCCUGGCUUGCUCCGGUGGAUGUGAAGAGGGUUCACGACUCUCGUUUCGACACGGAGUAUAAAUCGCGGGGCUGCAACAAUAAAUACAUUGUGACUCAUAAACAGAGCAUUGAGGACAUGUUGGAGAAGCAUCAGACUCUAGCCAAAGAAGGGAAGCUCUGUAAAGAAGAGAUUAAACUCCGACUGUCUUACACGUAUGACUGGAGUGUGCCUCCUUCACAGUGCUGCCAGAGGAAAGAUGGUAUACCUUGAAAACUGUGAGGAAAGACAAUAUACCUUGGCAACUGUGCAAAUAAGAGGGGAAGGGAACACAACCAGGCGGGAGGAAAUUGGUGAUGAUGGAUGUGUGUCGCAUUGAAAUCAUUCCUCCUCUGGUCGGAACUUUUAAAUUAUUCCAAGAUUUUCCAUGGUAUUUCAGGCCUUAUUGCAUCACCCUUGCCCAUGUGGCAUAUGAAGGAUAUAGAGAAAGCGCAUGGAACAAACUGGGGUCUAGAAAAAUAGUACCUGAAAGGCAGGAAUUGGCAAAAGGAACAAUUUUUAUGUAUUGUGGGACAAAGAAAUGAAGGAUUUUAAAGGUUAUUUAAGCUACUAUACUAGGUGUUAGACACAGAGCUGUGGUUUGUUUCCUUUCUUUGAAAGGAUAAGUGGAUUUUGGCCAAGGAUUCUGACAAGUGAAAUAAUAGCAGAAGGGUAACUUAGUCCCUAGCACCAGUGGAAGAGAUUACUAGUGUGCUCCAUAAUGCUGUUUCUAAACAGAAGGGGCUGCUUUUGUCAUUGACAAGCCUUUGCACUGGCUAUGGUGUAUUAGAGGUGGGAGAUGUCCAUUCUAGCAGGAAAUGUUCUGACCCUUAAACAUUUUUAUUAUAAGUGGGUGGCUUGUAUAACUUCUAUCCAUGGAAAGAAAUCCCUCAGACCCCUUUCUAUGUCAGGUACCUCAAGAAAGGGAGAAACCUUUGAAAAUCAUUAAUCCUACUCGGAAUGGACUCAGUGAAGUUAAUUAACAUAGCUAACCUGGUUCAGUAAUUUCAGUGGGUGUUCUUCAACGUGUAUCCAACUAAGUUAUACUCAACAAUAGACCCAUUGAAAAUAAUGUGCCAAGGUACUCAUGUCCAAUAUUUUCAAUGGACCAUUACUUUGAGGAGAAACAUUUGAUGCAACUCUUUAGCUAUAUUUGGAAGAAUAGAUCAUUAGAAGGAAUCCACAAUGACAGCCUGGUCUUGAUUGAAAAUCAUGCAGCAGUUGCUCCCAAUGUAGUGUUAUUAGUUUCUGGAAUUAAAGGCUUCUAGAAUUGUUGAGUUGUAUCCAACAUUAGUCCUACCUGAAGUAGACCCAUCAGAAUUAACCAAUAUACUAAGCUUAGGCCCCUAUAUUUCAAUGGGUAAACUGAGUAGGAUUCAGCUGGAUACAAUCCAUUGUAUUGUAGCCAACAAUAGUCCUGCACAGAGUAGAUGCAUUAUUUUUUUUUACCUAUGUUAGUCAUUCAUUGGGUCUACUUUGAGUAUGACGAAGGUUGAAUACAGCCUAUUACAAUUAUUGUCCAUCUCAAUUAUAUUAUUUGUCAAGAAACGGUGUGUGUCCCUUCUCAUGGAAUAUGCAACUCUGCGAGCCAAUUAACAUACAGUGGAGUGACUUGACUUUGUACAGAUACCUUCCUUGAACCAGUCCCUCUUUGACUAGACAAUGAACUCCCUCUUUGACUAGACAAUGAACUGCUCCAGAGUUAAGGGGUUGAGAAUUGUAAGGAAAGUUGGGAUUUUCAACUGGUAUGUUGCGUUCCCUUGGACCAGCUUUCUCGGGGUCUACCAGUGGGUUAGUUCCUUGAGUGGGUCUUAACCCUCCAAUCAAUUAUUCCUGAGUAAUUUUCUGGGAUGUCACCAGGACAGCUAUAGAAUUCUCCCUUUUGUGGGGCUGAGUGCUCUCUGUAGUUUAUUUCCAAAGCAGUAAGACUCCUCUAAAGUAAAUUUAGAGCUAGAAAAAAACCUUGCAGGCAGAUGUAAUCAUAUUUAAUUGCCUUGCUUUCGGGGAUUCUUUGCACAACAUAAGGCUUAGAGGUGGAGAGAAUGGGUUGUGACAGCUUCGGAGGUGUGUCAAACGAGAGUAAGGAGCAGUGUGGAGAUGGAGUAAUCCUUUUCCAUAAUCUAAACCCUACAUUUCCUAUACAUGUUUAAAUAGCAUUUUUCCCAAGGAGUCUUGAAAGUACUAAUAAGGGGGAAAUCUGAGGUCUCCAUCCUUUGUAGACCCUUCGGACAGAGAUGUCCAGGAUGCUUAGACCAGGCCUGGAAAAUCUGCAGCCCUCCAAAUGUCGAAGGGCUGUACCCAGCAAUCAUCCCUGACCAUUGGCCAUAUUGGCUAGGGCUGAUGGGAGUUGGGAGUCCAACAACCGCUGGAGGGCUGCAGGUUCCCCAGCCCUGGUGUUGAUCUCCAAAGAAGAAAACUAUGAUCCAACCAUGUUGGAUCUGACCUACGUGAACUGAGCUGACUCGAGCCCACCUGUCUUGAAAGGUGGGCCUACCAGCUGCUUGACAUUGCUUCCUGCCUUGGUUUUUUUUCCUGUUCUGGAAAGGUACAUUAUUAUUAAGUUCCUGGUGAUCCAACAUACAUAGCUGCCAGACUCUGUUCUGUGUCUCGCCAGGCACGCAGGUUUUCUCUUUUGAUCCUGACUUCAGGAAAAGUCAGGAAUAUUUGUCUUCUUUACUCGGAGGGAAGUUGGUAUUGUACGUAAUAUUAUGUGUUUACAAUGGUGAUUAUUUAUUUAUAAAUAUUGUAAAUGUUCUGUGUAUAGUUACAGAGGCUCAGAAACAGCCGCGUGUCAACGGUACUUUUAAAUUAUUGAAAAGGAGCGUGUCGACGCUCGUGUAACUUAUUAUCGAAAUGCCUUUUUCCUGCCGUACAGCUUAUUAUUUAAACUGUCCUGGGACUUUUAAUCCCAAGCCCUUUCUUGCAUGUGUCUCAGGAGCUUGUAAGAACGAUGUACCAAUCACUCCUUUUAGUUGAAAUAUCAAUGCUUCUGAAAAACGUUUGUGUGUUCUCGUUUCCAUUUUUUUUUAAUAAAGAGUCCUCUCCCCCUUUCCCCUUAACUCCCCUGCAGUGAUUGGAUUUUAAGCUUCAGAAGAAAUGGAAAAUUGCCAAAUGAAAUGUGACAGUGGAAAGCGAACAGGAGCACUGCUGAUGGCUCUGAGGCUUUUUAUAGAAAGCUGUGUGGUUGUCGGCUACCUGCAUUUGAAGGAUUAGGGCCUGCGUUCUGUCGUGUAUAUAGGCAUGUCGACUUAAAGCAAUGGGACUAAGCUAGGGUAGGGAUGUUUUGGUCUGUUUUAUUUUAUUUUUUUAAUGGCCACCUAAGCCAUUUUAAUGCGCUAAUUUAUUACAGUGCUACAGUGACACCAGAAUCUUUUUAAUAGGUUACUUUCCGCAACAUUAAACAUUUAUGCAUUGCGACUAUUCCGUCAAGUACAGUGCCUGGUUCUGAGUGCCACAUUUUAAGAUGGGCAUUGAUGAACUCCCAGGGAGGGUCUGGAAACUCAUUCUUAUGAGGAAUGGUUAAUAUUGGUCGUUUAUGAAUUGCUUCCUUUGAAGCACCUCAUAGUGGUUUCACAACACAAGAAGGGGGGGGAAGCAUACCUUCAAGAAUUGAUAUGUAAAAACAGUUGUAUGUGCAAAAGCAAUUCAAAACGAAUACAUACACCGAAACAGUUAACUGCAUAUGUAAAAACAAUUUGAAAGAGCAAGAUAGUGUACUGGAAAAUUUGGAAAAGCAGGAGCCCAUCAUGACAGCUCCAUAGCUCCCAAAGAGUCCAAAAUAUGCAGGCAGCUGGCUGCUUCAUUAAACACACACACUCCAUAAAGCAAAGAGCAUUAGUAAAUAGCAUAAUGCCCAAUUUAGUAGGAUCAGUUGACAGUAAUAGAAUAGCAAGCUGUUCUCAUUCCCUGACUUCCACUGCCCCAGGGGUGGAGGAUGUUUUUAAACCCAAGGGCCACAUUCACUUCAGGGUAACCUCCUGAGGGUCACAUGCCAGGAGUGGGUGGGGCCAGAGAAAAAAGUGGGAGGAGCAAUUGAUGUGAACUUUAUCUUCGUACAAUGGGCUAGUUUCCUCCUCUAACCUCCAUGCAGGCAAGAGAGGCAUUAUCAGAGAUUUAUUUCACAGACUAAAGCAUUUCAUAGCACAAAAGCCACUGAAAUGGUGCACAAUAGCAUAAAACUCCAAAGGGCAAGAUCCAGAAACAAAAACCAUUUCAGCAAGCGAUAAAAACCAUCUCCACAAAUUUCGGCUGAUGUGCAGUUAAUAUAAGUGAACUUGGGGAAAGCCUUUGACGAAAACAUUCUCAAUCAAGGACGCAUUCGAGCCAGGCAAAAGCAUCUCGAGGGUGAAACAUGUGAAGUGGUGAGGUAAGUACCCUGCGGAGAGGAGUUGUAGCCUGGAAAGAGUUUCAAGAGCCACAUAGAGAUGCCCAAAGGGCUGUGUUCAGAAGGUGAAUGUUGGAUGGUUCAGGGUAGAUAAAGGACUUCUUUAUGCAGUGCAUUGUUCGACACUGGAACUACCAACUUGGAUGGCUUUAAAAGAGGAUUAGAGAAAUUCAUGGAGGCUAGGCCUAUGGAAGGCUACUAAACAUGGUGGGAACUUUCUGCCUCCUCGGUUGGAAGAAUACCAGUUGCUGGGCUUCCACGGAAGGUGAGAGUGCUCUUCUGCUGGAAUCCUGGCUGUGGGUUUCUCACAGGCUUCUGGCUGGCUAUUGUGAGAACAGGAUUUUGGAUAUCAUGGACCAUUGGCCUGAUCCAGCAGGCUGUUAUUAGUCAUUCACGGUAAAACACAAAGACCUUGUCGCCACAUUCACUUGCUAGACGCAUGCGUAGGCAACCUAAGGCCCCUGGGCCGGAUGCGGCCCAAUCGCCUUCUCAAUCCGGCCCGCGGAUGGUCCAGGAAUCAGCGUGUUUUUACAUGAGUAGAAUGUGUGCUUUUAUUUAACAUGCAUCUCUGGGUUAUUUGUGGGGCAUAGG